AUGUGUGUACUGAGUCAGUGAUGCUACUCAGUGCAAGCUGUCAUAGUUGGUAAGGACUUAAAGCCAGGCUGUGUCUUGUCUAAGCUCCCUCUAUCCUUACUCUAUGCUCCAAGUAAGAGGAAUUCUCACUCUGAAUUUCUAGCAGUACAGUUUGUUAAUAGUCUGGUUGUUUCCUCCAUUUUGUGUGGAACUCUCAAGUCUGACUUAUUUUGAAGCCGUUUCUUUUGUCAGUAAAAGAAAAGAAUCAUUGAGUGGAGUUAACUUCUUACAAGUUGCAUUGAUGUAUCGUAUACUCGUGUCAUAAAGGAAAUAUUUGGAUGUCACUAAGAGCAGGAUUUACACUCUUGAAAUACUUACAAGUCAACAGGAUGGUAUAGUUGGUUGUCUGCUGCAGUUCUACUCACUAUCAGCUGAUCAUACAACACAACGCAUCAAGCCCUAAUCUUCCAACAAUUACUACAAAGUCAAAGGUCGUCAAGCUGAGGGUCAAAUGUCACACAUCACCAUGGAGAUGACUCAUGGAGGAAGUCAUCUCCACAAUGGUCUAUCCAGUUAUCCCCAUCAUACUGGAGUACUUGGUCAUAUAGGAAUAGGGUCAUCGGGUGACUCUGUUGGAAGCACCCAUCAGCAUACACCGUGUUCACCCGCAGGUGAGCGUGUGGCCAUUAUUAAAGGCUGCAGGCUUUCAUAUGAUGUUGAUUUGGAUGCUUUGAUCAAUGGUAUGAGCACAUUCCCAUCCUACAAUGAAGAGCGCCCUCUAUUAGAGAGCAUGGAAUCGUUGCAUCAUCAUGAAGGCAAUGACUGUGAGUGUAGUUCAAAGCGAAGUGGUCACAGCGUAUUACACAUGGGUCGGAUCAUUCCCAGACCCAAGCUAGACUGGGCAUGGCGAAGCAAGUCAUCUGAUACACCUGUAGCUGAACAUGCCAAGUUGAAACUAAGUACAUCAUUACCAGAGAGGGGUGAAAGACUUAUGACUGAAUGUGCUGAGGCAGAUGUUCCUAAUCCAUUUCCAGGACUGAAGACGGCCGGCGUAGGAUCAGCAGUGGAACAUUUAUAUUCAACACAGAAAGGCAAGGAUGAGUUGAGAUUCCUAAAUGGGGACAGAAGUAGUGUAGCCCAGCUUCCAUUACGAGUAGUUUGUGAGGAUGGCACGACCAAACUGUGUGAAGUUCAUCCAAGUUUAACCGUUCAAGAAGUGUGUGCAUUGAUGGUGAACAAAACGCAUACUAGUGAUGAUAAGAGUUGGUCGCUGAUCGAAGAACUACCAGAAAUGGAUCUAGAGAGGACGCUAGAAGACCAUGAACUUGUGUCUGCGGUAUACAAGACUUGGCCUCAGAACUCCAAUAACAAAUUCCACUUCAGAAAAGAUUUCAGAAAAUAUGAAAUCUUUCAGAAUCCUGGGCAAUUUUUCCCUGAGCAAAUGCUUGUAGAUGAAGAUGAUGGGGACAGUCCAACACUAAGCAGCAAACGACCCAAAACACCAUGGUUACUGGAUUUGUUGUCAACAGCAGAUAAGAUUCCUGAAAUCCAGGGUUACUUGCAUGUCAGGGAAGGACAUAAGAAGUCCUGGAAGAAGAUGUUUUUCAUGUUGCGUGAAUCAGGGCUUCAUUACUCAAGUAAGGGUAAUUCAAAGGACCCGAGGCAUCUUCAUUUCUGUGUGCAAUUUAGCGAUGUCAACAUCUAUCAAGUCACAAAUGCAAAGAAAAAAUAUCAUGCUCCGACAGACUUCAUGUUUUGUACAAAGCCAUGCAAAGGAAAAUGUGAAUUGAAAGACAUGAAGUUUUUUUGUACUGAGAGUGAACGAUCACGUCAGUGUUGGCUGGCUACAAUGCGGCUUGUUAAUUACGGAGCAUUAUUACGAGAAAACUACAACAGCGCCAUGCACAGAACAGCCAAGAGCAAAGUGCUGGACUCAGAUAAUGCAAUCAAGGACUUGAAAAAUUGCACGGAGCGAGCCGCAAUGGAUUUCUCAGGUAACCAAGGCCGUGUUAUUGAUAAUCCAAGUGAAGCCAUCGCCAUAGCAAGGCAGGAGGGAUUCAAUUGGAGGAAACGAGGUGGCCAGCGCUCAUUUGAAGGGCCCUCUUUGACUAGUCCAAGACAAGCUACAGCUGGGAGUCCACGCUUUGUAUUCAAUCCUUUACAUACUGCAGGUACCAACAGUCCACAACCAAGCAGUCCUAGACACAAUGGUGGCAGUCCUAGAGGAGUCUUACAUCAUAGUGCAAGCGUCCCUUCUGGUCAUAGAGUUGGUGGAUUCAGCUCAGGUAUUCAUAUGACUCAGCCGUGGUUUCACAGUGGACUAACCCGUGAGCAAACACAUGAGUUGUUUGCCAAGAAAGGAAUGGUGGAUGGGAUGUUCAUCAUUAGAGAAUCACAGAGAAUACCUGCUGCAUAUGUGUUGUCCUUCAGCUUCAAUCAAAAAGUUAAACACUACCAAAUUAACGCUAUUGAUACUGGAGGUCAAAUCUUUUAUACACUUGAUGAUGGGAAUACCAAGUUCACUGACCUUGUACAGCUUGUGGACUUCUACACAGUGAAUGCCGUAGGUCUGCCAACACCAUUACUGCAUGCAUGUUCCAGAAUGUAAUUGUAUUUAUUGUCA